AAGAAGUGGUUGCUUUAAAAAAGGUGCGUCUGGAGAAUGAAAAAGAAGGCUUCCCAAUUACAGCUGUUCGUGAAAUUAAAAUUCUCAGACAGCUGAACCAUCGGAAUGUUGUAAAAUUAACCGAUAUUGUUACUGAUAAGCAAACUGCUGCGGAUUUUAGGAAAGAUAAGGGCGCAUUUUAUUUGGUGUUUGAAUAUCUGGAUCACGAUCUUAUGGGGAUACUGGAAAGCCAGUUUGUUGAGUUUUCUGAUGAUCAGAUCUCAUCGCUUAUGAAGCAGCUUGUUUCUGGAUUAGAAUAUUGCCAUUCGAUUGGAUUUCUCCACCGUGACAUCAAGUGUUCAAAUAUUCUUUUGAAUAACAAAGGAGAGCUAAAAUUGGCUGAUUUUGGCUUAGCCAGAUUUUACGAUGAAGAUCAAGAUCGUCCCUACACCAAUCGUGUGAUAACGCUUUGGUAUCGCCCACCAGAACUUCUACUUGGUGAAGAACGAUAUACAACUGCUAUUGAUGUGUGGAGUGUUGGAUGUAUUCUUGGAGAAUUAUAUACGAAAAAACCAAUGUUUCAAGGGAACACUGAGAUGGUGCAGUUAGACGUAAUAUCGAAACUCUGCGGUACACCAUCUUCUGAAAAUUGGCCCGAUGUCAUCAAAUUACCUCUCUAUUGUAGCUUUCGGCCAAAGCGUAAUUUUCCUCGAGUCUUGCGUGAUACAUUUGGAUUCAUACCUGAUAAACCUUUGGAUUUACUUGAUCGAAUGCUUGAGCUGGAUCCAAAAAGGCGCAUUACUUCAAAAGCGUCUCUGGCACAUCCUUGGCUGAAAGAUGUUGAUCCUUCAAAAAUACCGCCGCCCAAGCUUCCAGAUUGGCAAGACUGUCAUGAGUUAUGGUCGAAAAAACAGAGGAAAAAUCGUUCGGCUGGCAGUAAUUUGAAUAUACCGCAGUCAUCACAGUCACAUUCACAAUUUGUACAGCAGCACCAUCCUGUGCUUCCUUCCAGUUCGCAUCAGUCUGAUUCGAGCACAAGUUUGAAAAGUGAACUACCACAUCUGACGACAAAGCGACUGAACAUUGCACAUUUAUCUGUUGACAGCAAUACAUCUUCAGAAGCUUCAUUAAAAAAUGUAGAUGCAGCAAUUCGAGCAAUUCAGGCCGAUCCAAGCAACUUGGAGGCGGCACGUGCAUUAUUAGCUAAUUUAAGUCCAACGGCAGCAGCAUCUGUUUUGCAACUUGUUAGUAAAAGUGGUGUUCUGCCACCCGCAGUAAUGUCGGCACUUUCAACAUCUGCACAUCCACGAAUACAGAAUCAGCUCAGUGAAAUAUUAGGACAGCUUGCAUCAGUGGAACCGAAAGGUAGUGUAUCAGUUACUCUUACAAGGGAUCUGUUGUCCGCUAGAGAAUCAAGAAUACUUCCAGAAAGAGAAAAAGAAGGAACGAGAAGUUCAGCACACUCAGUCGAACUGAAUAUGGCAAACGCUUCCGGGAUGCCAGUACAAUCCACAAAUGGUGGUGGUGUGGAUUGCAGUCGGAUUUUAGUAUCAUUAAAAUCUGAAAAUUCUAAGAAGGAACAGUCAUCUACCAAGCAUUCAGAAUUGUUGAGUUAA